AUGAGCAAGGCUUUGGUGACAUCACUGGAGAGUUGGCUUGUUUUAGAACAUAGAUUCACAAAACUUAGCAACACGGCAGACUCUGCAUCGCUCCGUGUUGACCUCAGUAUGGAGCCCUGGCCGAUAUAUAUUGCUGUGACCUCUGUGAUUUAUGGUGUGGGUCAAGGCCGUAUUUUACUCGACGACGUGAACUGUCGGGGAACGGAAACAAGCUUGGACCAAUGUGCUCACAGAGGGUUUUAUGUUCACAACUGCGCACAUAGCGAGGACAUCGGCAUCGUGUGCAAUAUCUCUGGAAAGCUUGAAGCUCGAUUAGUAGGUGGAAGUCAGUCGGCGGGACGCCUUGAAAUUCUGUACAAUGGAACAUGGAAUACAGUUUGUGACAAUGGCUUCCGAAACGUUGACGCACAGGUUGCUUGCAGGAUGCUUGGCUUUGGAAGCUCAGGUGCUGUGGCUGUGGCCUCUGACACCUUCGGACCGGGUCAAGGCCGUAUUUUACUUGACGAUGUUAACUGUCUUGGAACCGAAACAGCUUGGAACAAUGCUACCAUGGCGGCUUUUUUCACCACGACUGUACACAUAAUGAAGACAUCGGAAUCAGCUGUGAGACCCAGAUCCUGUACUUACCCCGAAGCACGCUUAGUGAGCGGAAGGAGUUUGGAGGGGCGUUUUGGAAAUUUAUGUACAAGUGGAGAAUGGAGCACAGUGUGUGGUGAUCAAUUUGGAACAGAAGAAGCCCAAGUGACCUGCAGGAUGCUUGGCUAUCGCAGUUCAAAAGCAGUAUCAGCUAGCUCCUCUGUGUAUGGAGCAGGCCAAGGAAGUAUCAUACUCGACGAUCUAAACUGCCGGGGUACAGAGGACAAUCUAAUACAAUGCUCCCAUGCUGGACUUUACAGACACAACUGCCAACACAGCAAGGACAUAGGUGUCAUGUGUAUCAACAAUGCUUCAUGGGUACGAUUAACGGGAACAUGGCGCACCAGCCUACUCAUGGGUCGCCCCGACAUUCUGAUUAAUGGCGAAUGGAGCAUGUUGUGUGACAUCAGCGUGACAACGGCAGCAGUUAUUUGCAGACAUCUCGGCUAUCCAUCAACGGUAGCAAAGGUUGUUGAUGCUUCGACAUUUGGACCUCUGCAAGGCCGAUUCCUUAACGCCGUAUUAAACUGCGUUGGUAAUGAGACAAACAUCUUUAGCUGCUUGACUUACGUCUAUGGCUACAUCAACAACUGUCCUACACGGCAAGGUGUUGGUGUCAUCUGCAGUAACACAAACCAUUUCCUUUACAUUGUAAUAGCAGCUAAUUCAGCAGCCAAUAGUUAUCCCCUAAUAGAAGGAACAAGUAUAAUUCUGAAGUGCGAGGGAACCGAACGUGAUCAGAUGAUAACAAACUUCACCUGGCCAGAGACUGCAGGUGGCCGUCCUUUCGGGGAAUACCUGACCUUUGACAACGUGACGAGAGAACAUAAUGGAAGACAGGUGCAAUGUGAAGGCAGCUAUCUCUCCAGUGGAGUCAGACAUUCUACAGUCAGUGAAAUCCUAGUGUUGCAGGCUUACUAUCAUCCUUUCAUCAGCGUAACAUUUCAUGAUAAUGAAUGUGAACCUGUCAACGGCUUUCCAAAUCACUGCGCGAUUACCGAGGGACACAAUUUUACACUCCGAUGUGAAGCUGACAGCAACCCUCCUCCUGCUUCCAUCACGUGGUCUGGAAAAGUUAGCAGCAGUACCAAACAUAUGUCGAUCGUAUCAGCCAACAGAUCACAACACGGUGGAGAAUACAUGUACUGUUGUCACACAGUCUGGUACUAAUGACACACGUCUUCCUCUGACAUCGUCGCAUCGACUCACUGUCGUCAUCAAAUACCCAUCGACUGUGCUGAGGUUUCGGUUCAAUGGCGAGGACAACAAGACAGUCAUUGUUGCUGAGAACUCCAGAGUGGACUUAUUGUGUCAGGCUGACGGAAGACCCACACCUCAGAUGUCACUUGUUAGCAUCAAAGACAACAACCUCGUGUUGAACUCAACGUCUCCAGGUGACAUACAGGUGAUGGAAAGCACAGAAGAACUAAGCUACACAAUGAAUCAAAUUCAGUGUCAACACGCGGGGGAUUACAGGUGUGAAGUGAACAACGGUAUUGGACAUGACAGUCAUACUGUAAAACUUCUUGUCUUGUGUGCUCCGAGAAGAAAUGAGUCUCAAGAGCAGGUUCAUUUGCUGGAUGUCGGAAUUCCUGAUGCUUCGCUCACACUUGAAAUGACUGCGUACCCAACACCUUACGUAGCGGAUGUAAUGUACCUUGGAGAGGUUUCAAAUGACAGAAGCAAGGGCGUUACGGUUGAGAACACGUUAAAUGUCACGUGCCAUGCCAGCACCAGUUCACCUUCCCUUGUUACCUGUUAUGUCUCUAUAGUCAAUCUGACACAGGUUACUGAAGGCUUUUAUACGAUUGUCUUCAAGAACAGCAUUGGAGAGUUGGACAUUAUGAUUAAAAUAGGGCGAGAAGUGACAGGGACCAAGGAUCAAACAUCUUCCCUUCCAGUAGGAGCAAUCGCUGGUGGAAGUGGUGCUGCAGUAGUCGUUGUUCUGGCUAUCAUCGUCGUUGCUGUUGUAACUCGGCGUUAUAAACUAAGAGAGCCCGACAGUCUUUAUGACAGUCCGGACACAAGGCAACAUUGCGAGUCUCACUACGGACCUUCAAUGAAGAGAGGAAUGACUAAUGAGGUGUUUACAAUGAGCGAUGCAGUUAGCACUGAGCCUGGUGA